AUGCUCAGAAAGCUGCACUCCCUCUUUAACCCCGGCCCGCAGAGGAAGGCGGAGGUGGCCGAGAGUGCCUUCUACGACCGAGCCAGCCCCGCGGUGAGGCUGACCCUCAGCAGCUCCAUGUACGUGGUGGGGGACCACGGGGAGACGUUCAGCGAGUCCUUAAAGAAAUACAAAAGCACCGGCAGCAUGGACACCAGCCUGUACUACCUGCAGCAGGAAGGGGACCGGGCGUGGCUGUACUCCCGCACCCAGGACUGUUUGCAGUAUCUGCAGGAGCUGCUGGCCUUGCGGAAGAAGUACCUCUGCAGCCUCCAGGACCUGAAGCCGCAAGGCGCCCAGGGCGUCUCCUCUACCUCCUCCAAGUCUUCCAAGAGGGCGGAAAAGGCCCCUGGCCAGUCCACCUCCCAAGAAAGAAAGAAAGCAACCGCAAAGAAAUACUCCCAGUUCAGCGCGGAUGUGGCGGAGGCCAUGGCCUUCUUUGAUUCCAUCAUUGCGGAGCUGGAUACAGAGAAGCGGCCGCGGGCUGCCGAGGCGGACCCUCCCAAUGAGGAUGUGGACUUUGACGUGGCCACCAGCUCCCGGGAGCACAGCUUGCAUUCCAACUGGAUCCUGCGGGCACCACGCCGGCACUCUGAGGACAUUGCUGGGCACACUGUGCACGUGACAGAUAGCCAGUUUCGAAGGAGCGUGGAGCGCAGGACCUUCGGCACUCAGAGGAGGCUCGAGAGGCACCCCAUUUACUUGCCCAAGGCUGUGGAAGGGGCAUUCAACACCUUGAAAUUUAAGCCCAAAGCCUGCAAAAAAGACCUGGGGAGCCCCAGACAGAUCCUCCUCAACUUCUCAGGAGAAGACACGGAAUGGGAUGCGGAGCUCUUUGGCCUGGAGUCCCUGGUGUCUCCGGGGGAGGACUACCACGAGACAGAGAACCCCAAAGGGCAGUGGCUGCUUCGAGAGAAGCUGUGGGAGCGGACAGUGCCCUGA